GGGAAGGGGAGGCCCCGCCCAGCCCCGGCCGGUCCCGCGCGCCGCCGCGCCGCGCCGGGGAGAUGCCGCGGGCCGAGGCCGGGACGCUCGGGGCUGAGGAGCCGCUGUCGCCGCUCGCCCGGCAGCGGAUGCAGGAGCACACACCUAAAGGAAACCCCAGUAUGAACUAUGUAUCAGAAAAAGCUGAACGAAGAGCAGUUUUCGGAAAACAAGUGAAAGUUCUUCUCACCCCGUUAUCCAUGGAAGAAGAGAAACGCAACAAACGUCCGCCCCAGAAACGCUUACUAGAAAAGUUUUCUAGUAAUGAAGGGCCUUCAGAAAGAGAACCAAAAGUCAAAAAAUCCCGUGAUGAUCCCACAAGUCAGCAAAUAAGAGAUGUAUCCUAUAAGGCUUCUUCCAGUCCACGAGGAGUAAUCCCCAGUAUGUCUUCACUUCAUCAUAAAAGUAGCAUGGUGUCACCCACAAACACCUCCGUUACAGUUGAUCAUGAUUCAGAAAACAAUUGGGAUACAGACAGUGAAGGAAGUAAUUCCGAUGUCUAUCUGGAUGGAUCUUCACAGCUGUCAGCCUAUGAAAGAAAAAGACUAAAGAACAUUACAGAAAAUGCUAAUUUUUUUGCCUCUCUAAAGCUGCUUGAGUCAGCUGCAAGACUUCGCAAAAUGGCAACCAAAGGACAAUCUCAUGGAAUCAAAAGAGUUAAGCCCAAAAAGACAGAAGCUGAGACAGUACGUCGAAGAUCUAUGCGCUUACAAAGAGUAGAUCCAUCAGGAGUUCCAUUGCCAGAAAUUCCAGCACAGCCAGAACCAGUAAUUGAUGAAUAUCCUCAGUUGCCACCUGGACCUCUUCCAAUGGUACCUGCAAAUCAGAGUAAGAGCACUGAAUUAACGGACGCGUUUUUGGAUACAUGGACAAAGAUAAGUCAGAUAAACCCUAAUGAUACUGAAAAACACAUAUGUAACUUAGAAAGAUACAAAGCCAGUCUGAGUCAAAUGAUCCUGAGUGAAGAUGCUGUUACAAAAGUUGUCAAAAAUAGAAUAUAUUCUGUGGCUAUCCAUCCUUCUGAAAACAGGACCUUGGUGGCAGCUGGAGACAAGUCUGGACAGAUUGGGCUUUGGGAUUUGAACUGUAAAUCUGAAGAUGGAGUGUAUGUCUUUAUACCACAUAGUCAACCAGUAAGCUGCAUGUAUUUUUCUCCAUUUAAUCCUGUUCAUCUGCUAUCCCUGAGCCAUGAUGGAACAGUACGAUGUGGCGAUGUUACCAGAGCUGUCUUUGAAGAGGUGUACAGAAGUGAAGAAAACAGCUUUUCUUCCUUUGACUUCUUGGCAGACAAUGCCUCCACGUUGGUGGUAGGACAGUGGGAUGGUGACGUGGCUAUUGUGGACAGACGGACACCAGGAACAACUUCUGAACUUACUGCAAACAUUAAUUCAAAGACAACAAGAACUGUCCAUGUUCAUCCAGUGAACAGACAGUAUUUCAUUGCUGCCGGUGCAGUGAAUGUUUGCAUUUUUGAUACACGAUACCUGAAGCCUAAUGGAAACAAGCCCAUAAGCUUUCUCAGUGGGCACACAAAGAGUGUUGCUUCUGCGUAUUUCUCACCUAUUACUGGUAACAGAGUGGUGACAACAUGUGCUGAUGAUACGUUGAGAGUCUAUGAUACCAGCUCUUUAUCAUCUACGAUUCCUGUUCUCACUGCUGUCAGACAUAACAAUAACACAGGACGGUGGUUAACUAGGUUCAGAGCAAUAUGGGAUCCUAAACAGGAAGACUGUUUUGUGGUUGGCAGUAUGGCACGCCCAAGGCAAAUAGAAAUCUUCCAAGACACUGGUGAACGGUUGCACUCUUUUUAUAACGUAGAUUACCUUGGCUCUGUUUGUUCCAUCAAUGCCGUGCACCCUACAAAGAAUAUCGUAGUGGGUGGUAACUCCAGUGGUCGUCUCCAUGUUUUUAAGGAUUGAAAAGGUUGCUGAAUUUUUUUCCUACAUAAAGUAUGUUUGUUUCUCAGGACAAAAAUAUGCAUUAAAAGGUUUUACAUUACAGAAUGUUUCCAAAAUAAUAAAAUGUAUUAUUAUUAUU